AACCAUCGAAUAUCACGUGACACGAGCAUGGCCAUAUAUGUCUAUGAGCAUAGCGGCAAACAUGGCGACGUAGCUUAGUAACCAGAAGCCUCUCGUACCGAGGAAACACCGAGACGUUUAGGUACAUUUCCAGGAGAUCGUCGUCCGGUUACCGUUAGGCUGACCUGUGCGGAAGUUGUCGGUUCAGUUCCCUCCGUGUGACCGAGCUCUGAUGCAGCAGGAUGCCACGAAAUUUUGACGGCUUCAAAUCAGGAGACCUGGUGUUCGCCAAGAUGAAGGGCUUCCCUCACUGGCCCGCCAGAAUCUGCAAGUCGGAGGACGGAUACAAGAAGCGAAUUCCGGUCUUCUUUUUCGGGACCCAUCAGAUCGGUAACCUCCCUCCGGAGAACGUCGUUCCCUUCGCCGGCAACAAGAAGAAGUACGGCAGCGGCGUUCGCAUCAGAGGCUUCGACGAGGGCAUGUGGGAGAUCCAGAACACACCGGGAGUCGGGAUGAAACGUAAAUUUCCAUCCAAAACAGCCACACAAACUCGCUCAAAAACCGUUGCCAGUAAAACGUCCCCCACUAAAUCACCUCCUGCUAAUAAAACCACACCUGUUAAAUCUUCCCCGGCUCAAUCAAGUCCCAGUAAAACUGCCCCUACGAGGCCCGACAGUAGAGCGGCUGCCGGCAGAAAUACUCCCAGCAGAGCCACAAGUCAACAGGAAACUGCUGCUGCUGCUGCUGCUAAAACUCCAACCAGAACUUCAUCAAGAAUCGCUCCAACAGACUCCAAACAGACUCCUGAACAGGCUUCAAAAGAUGUCUCAACUACUGAGAGCGCCGCUACCACCAGGAGCAGAGCAGCCAGAGAUCCAGAAAAAACUACAAGUACCACUUCUGCAGAGAAUAAAAGCAAGACAACAACAAACAUGGCUGAAACAAAGACUCGUUCCAAAGCUUCUGCUCCAGAUGCUGCUGACGCUCCCGACAGUAAACCUGCUGCUGCCAGAACGACACGUGACGUCACGUCCGAGAGGAAAACCCGAAGCGCCGUCGAAGCUCCGGCGAAGAAAACAGACUCCGAACCAGCUUCUGAAAAGGCUGAAAGUUCAACAGAUACGACGAGUUCUGCUACGACCAGGAGCAGAACAGCCGAGUCCAAGGCCGACGCUGAACAGCAGAAGAAGAGAACACCUGCUGGUCCUGCUGUCACACCUUCAGCCAAGAAACAGGAGACCACCGAACCAAACUCUACUCCGACAUCCAAGAACGACAGAGGACAGAAAGAACAAGAGAAGAAGAAGACGGAAGAAGAAAAUGAGUCGGCAGAGAGCCGAGGAGUGAAGAGGAAGAGAGGAGAGAAAGAGGAAGAGAAGAAAACUCAUCAGGACGGCAGCGAAGGAAAGAAAGAGAAGACGACAACACAGACCCAAGCGACCAAGAGAAGGAAAGAGGAAGAGGAGAAAGUAGAGAGGAAGAAAACGAAGCAGGACGGAGGCGAAGACGGAAAGAAAGAAGAGGCGAUAAAGGAGAAAACGGAGGAAAAGACAUCAGCUGAGAGCCAAAGGAUGAAGACGAGGAGAGCUGAGAAAGAGGAACAGAAGGAGGAGGAGGAGAAGAAGAAAGCAAAACAAGACGACAGUGACGAGAAGAAGACGAGGAGAGAGACGAGGACGAGAGAAAAAGACGCCACGGAAGAAAAGAAAGAAGCGCCCCCGACGAAGGGAGAGGAGGGCAAAGGCACAAAGAGGAGGAGGGAAGAGAGGGAGGACGGCGUGGAAGGAAAGAAAGAAGAGACGAAGAAGAAGAUGACAGAGGAGGAGAAGAAGUCAUCAGAGAGCGAAGGGAUGAAGACGAGGAGAACAAAGGACGCAGCUGAUGAAGGGAAAGCAGAAGAGACGAUAGAAGAGAAGACGACAGCGGAGGAGACGGAGGGAGGAAGCCCUGCGGACGAGGAGCAGCAGCGCCGCCUGGCAGCCAAGAGGGAGAGUCUGUUGACGUCUCUGAGAGGUCUGCUGAAGGCCAAGAGAGGAGUGAAGAGGAGGGAGGCGACGAAGAGCACUCAGAACGCCGGAGACGCAGCGAAGAACGAGAUCAGGAAGGCGGGAAGUCAGAAGACGUCGUCGAAAGAAUCGACGAAGAUGAUCGGCAGGAAAACGGACGUCAGGGUUUUCAUGGGUAAGAGAGCGAUAGUGGAGAGAAGAGAGGAGACGACGGUCAAACUGAAAGAAGCAGCGGAGAAUAAAACGGUCAAGACGGCGGAGGUGAAGAAGACGGACACGACGACGACGGCGAGUAGAACGGCAGACGAGGCGAAGACGAAAGAGAGCGAGGAGAAGAAAGACGAGAGAAAAAUAAUCGGAAAGAUCGUGAAAGCGACGGCCGGACAGGGAGCGAAGGUUCAGGUGAAGACGAUGAUGGGAGGAACGACGGCGGCGGCAGCAGCAGAGGAGGAGAAGAAGAAAGAGGAAAAGGUGGACAACAAAAAGACGGCAGACGAGAAGAAGAACAGUUCAGACAAGGCGAAGGAGGCGGAGAGAGAGAAGAAACCCGAGGAGGCGCCGAGGAAAUCCGAAAGAACGAGAUCGGCGACGGAGAAGAAGAGCAGCGAGGAAGACGAGAAACAGAAGAAGAGCGGUGAAGAGAGGACGCCGAGAAAGAACGAAGAGGAGGAGGAGAAGAAAGCGCAAGAGAGGAAGAAUGAAACGGGCGAGGUGGAGAAAACGACGACGACGAGAGAGCUGAGGAAGAGUUCGGUGAAGACGAAGGAGCCGGAGAGAGAGAAGGCGGAGAGGAGAUCUGAAAGAACGAGAGCGGCGACGGAGGAGAAGAAAGACAGAAACGUGAAGGAGGUAGAGAAAGAAAAGAAGAGCAGCGAGGAAGAUGAGAAACAACGGAGGAGCGGUGAAGACGAGACGCCGAAAAAGAGCAAAGAGGAGAAGAAAACGACGACAACAAGAGAACUGAGGAAGAGUUCGGUGAAGACGAAGGAGCCGGAGAGAGAGAAGAGAGGGAGCGCCAAAGAGGUGGAGAGGAGGUCUGAAAGAACGAGAGCGGCGACGGAGAAGAAGAGCAACGAGGAAGAUGAGAAACAGAAGAAGAGCGGUGAAGACGAGACACCGAGGAAGAACGAAACGGGCGAGGUGGAAAAAACGACCACGAGAGAACUGAGGAAGAGUUCGGUGAAGGAGAAAGAGAAGAGAGGGAACGCCGAAGAGGCGGAGAGGAGGUCUGAGAGAACGAGAGCGGCGACGGAGGAGAAGAAAGAGAAAAGCGUGAAGGAGGUAGAGAAAAGGAGCAGCGAGGAAGACGAGAAACAGAAGAAGAGCGGCGAAGACGAGACACUGAGGAAGAAUGAAACGGGCGAGGCGGAAAAAAUGACAACGAGAGAAAAGAAGAAGAGAGAAGAAAAGGAAUCGCAAAAAGACGAAGAAGAAACGGCGACAAAAACAGACGAAGAGUCGAAGCAGAAAAGUUCAGCUGAGAUUAAAACGCUGCAGGCGGAGUCACAAACAGGCGCAGAAGAAGAAGAAGAAGUGGAGAAGACGAGCACAGAAGAAGAAGAAGAAGAAGAAAGUAAACCGAAGUGUGACGUCUCGGACGGAGGGAAGACGGAUCAGAAGCUGCAGAAGAAGAAUCCGACGGUGACGCUGACGGACUCGACGCUGCACAGAAUCCACGGAGACAUCAGGAUCUCAUUGAAGACCGACAACCCGGACGUCAGUAAGUGUCUGAUGGCGUUGGAUCAGCUCAGUAUGGUUUACGUGACGUCUCAACACGUCCAGAGACACAGCGAGCUUGUCGCCACAUUAAGAAAGAUGCGUUUCUACCGGGCGAACCAGGCCAUCAUGGACAAGGCCUCGAUGCUCUACAACCGCUUCAAAAACGCCUUCCUGGUGGGCGAAGGCGAGGAGGUGGUGAGCGCCACCUUCCUGCGCUCGCUGCUGGAGGAGAAGGAGAGGGAGGAGGCGCAGCGGGCGGAGCGCUGCAGGGAGCGACUGAGGAGGGAGGAGCUGCUGCAGGAGGUGAAGAGACGCAUGGGCCAGGUGAAGGAGAGGAGGAGGACUGACGGAGGAGGAGGAGGAGGGGGAGGGGAGGAAGAGGAGAAAACAGAAGCUCCGGUGGACUCUUCCUGAAGGUUUAGCGUGAGGCUGCCUGGACUGAACCAACUCCACUGAGGGGGUGAAGGCGGUCGACCUGAAACAGUCACAUGGACACUGACGACAUCACAACCGUUUACCUCAUCACACAUAUUUAUCAGUUUAACUACUUCCUGUUGUAGAUGACGUCACACUCAACAGGUACUGAAUGUUUGGAUGACGUUCAUCCCGACAUAUUGACUCGUAUUAGCGUUAGCGCAGGUACCGUUAUUGUCAUUAUUACAUACAAUACAUACAAACUGUGAUAGUGACUCAUUUUCACCACAACAGUGUUUAUUAUUUUUUUUACACUUUUCCGUCAUCAAACCCCAAACAUGAGCAUUACAAACCUUCACCAGAGUGUUGAACUUCAAGGCCUCGUUACCUUAUUUCAAGUUACGCCUUCGUCAUUUCUGUUGGCUCCUGGAUGUUGCGUAAUUACAGCAACCUGAGCAGGACGUUUAACCCCGACGUCAUCUGUCAACCUCUUUUUAAGCUAAUUUAACUUUAACCCUGAGAUUAACACGUCAUGUGACCCUUAAACAUCAUCUGAACGUUUUAGUCACUCAUCGACCUCUAUAUGAGUUACAGAAGGGUGACGGGCGUCUUCUUAGUGACUUUUUUAAAGGACGUGUUCACAAUUUUUCAAGUGUAUCUUUUAAAAAAACAGCAGUCAGGUGUUUUAUGACACAACAAAAUUGUGAAUCUGUUCUUUAAACUGUAAUUUUGACAUCAGGAAGAUGUAAAGAAACAAAAAAAAACGACCCUUCACCUUUCGGCUAUAGUCACGUUUACAAUUAAAAAUAUGACUCCGACGUAAUUUACCUGAAAUUUUAUUUUUUUUUACAUUUUGUAACACAAAAUAAGGUGACUCCCUGUUUGUUUUUAGUUGCUUUUACUUGAAAUGUUGCUGUUUUAAUGGAGCUACAGUAACGUCAGCUGGUGUUUUGCCUGCAGUGACUCUGGUGUUUGUUCAGGGUGAAGUUAUUUCAUCUUUGCUGCAUUUUAGUAAAAAAAACUUUGUUUUUUUGUCAUAUUUGGUAAAACUGAAUCUUUAAAUCCGUCAACAUCUACCUCUGUUAACUUUGAUCUGUCGUGAUGAAAGGGUACGUCUCCUUCAGUUAUUUGUUUUUGUCUUUUUUUUUAUAUAUUUCUGUGUAAUAGUUCUUACGGGGACGUUUGGACCCCGUAAGUCUGUAUGAAAACAGGUGUGAACCGACACUCCUGUUUCAUUUUAAAGGUGCACUUUGUUCAUUCACGUCUCUACAUCUGCAAUAAUUAUAGAUGCAUGAGUACAAUUAUAGUUAAAAAAAAAACCUGCAACAUGUUUACUGUGUAAAGGGAGAACAGGAUGUGAGGGGGCUGAUGGGAAAUGUAGUUUUUUUUUUUUUUUUUUUUUUUUAAAACAAAACUUUUUGUAAUAUUUGACAUCAGAUUGUUGUUUAACUGACAUUCACAGCAGCUUUAAACCCUAAACAUGAAGCAUUAUUAAACAGACUCACUCCACCUCGACGUUCACACUUCCACAGCUGCAGAGGACCUGGUGCUUUUGCUCAAAGGCACAAGAACAGUGGCGGCAUCGACGCUAACAGCUAACGACUGUUGGAGCUGCACAGUGUUUUUUUGUUUGUUUUUUUUUAAACUCACUGAGAGUGAACUGUACAGCAAGAUAUUUUAUUCUGUAUUUUAUUGUGACUAAGAUGUUUUUAUUCUUUUGUUUUUCUACUUGUAUGCAGUUGUUGUUGUUUUCUACGUGGCUCCUGUUGAGUUACUGAUGUGUAAAUAUGUAAUUUUUAUUUACAGAUUUUUUUUUUUUUAACAAGCUUUGAGUUUAUUUGUGAACAAGCGGAUACUGAAUAUUUACAUGAUAUACUACCAUAAAUAAAAUGUUUUAAGAGGUUUCAUAUGCAGUUUUACAUGUAAAAACAGUAUGACGACGAUAAUUCAGAAAUUAUUUUCUCACGUUUGUGUCUCUGACGCUCUGAAGCUGCAGUCGCAUCACAUUUCCGUUGUAUGAAUGUUUGUCGUGUUUGCUGUUCACUGCUAUUAAAGUUUGAAGGAAAAUACAA